AUGGCUACCGAAGUGCUCAUCACCAUCAACAGUCUUGGAAACGUUGCGUGCUUUAACGUCGACCCAGUCAUUUCAGCCACCACGGAGAUACCAUUAGAUGAUAUUCGACAAGCCCUGUCAACGCAUGUCUUCGUCUUUCGAGAUCCCAAUGAACUAAAGAAAAUUUUCGAAAAUACCAUUCCUGAAAAUGUGGAGACACGCAAUGGGAUGCGCAAACUACGUCUCAGGAUCCUACGUCCCAUUUCGUCAAAACAGUUGACUCUGGAAGAGAAAUACGGCUCUAUUAAAGGGCCGAACAUGUCUAUACUUGAAAAGAGGUGGAGAACUGCCUGUAAGGCUAUUCCGAAGAAGCAUGAGAUUGAGGAAAUUAUUUUCGAUAUGUCUUGCGGCCAGGAAAUCGAGCUAUUACAUAUAAGCACGUUCCUACAGCACAUCAGCACUACUAUGAGUCUCAAGGCGAGAGGGACUUUCCAUUGUCAAGUUCAGGGUUGUGAUAGUAAGAGCGUAGAAUGGUUGAAAAAGAGUCUUGUCGGAGUUUGUGCUUCUUAA